AUGCAGCGGCCGGGUGAGCCUGGAGCCGCGCUCUACGGCCCGGCCGAGGGCUGCGCUGACCAGCGGCCGCACCGUUACCGCAGCUUCAUGAUCGAGGAGAUCCUUACCGAGCCGCCCGGACCCAAGGGCGCUGCGCCCGCCGCUGCCGCAGCUGCGGCUGCGGGCGAACUGCUCAAGUUUGGCGUGCAGGCGCUGCUGGCGGCGCGGCCCUUUCACAGCCACCUGGCGGUGCUGAAGGCCGAACAAGCUGCAGUGUUCAAGUUCCCUCUGGCGCCGCUCAGCUGUUCCGGGUUAGGGUCGGCGCUGCUGGCCACAGGUCCGGGGUUACCCGGCGCCGCGGGCACGCCGCACCUGCCGCUGGAGUUGCAACUCCGCGGGAAACUGGAGGCGCCUGGCCCAGGGGAGCCGGGCACCAAAGCCAAGAAGGGACGCAGGAGCCGCACGGUAUUCACCGAGUUGCAGCUGAUGGGCCUGGAGAAACGCUUUGAGAAGCAGAAGUACCUCUCCACACCGGACAGAAUAGAUCUCGCGGAGUCCCUGGGCCUGAGCCAGUUGCAGGUGAAGACGUGGUAUCAGAAUCGAAGGAUGAAGUGGAAGAAAAUAGUGCUGCAGGGUGGCGGCCUGGAGUCCCCCACCAAGCCCAAGGGGCGGCCUAAGAAGAACUCCAUACCAACAAGCGAGCAGCUCACGGAGCGGGAGCGCACCAAGGAGGCAGAGAAACCGGCGGAGGCGCCUGGCGAGCCCACCGACAGAAGCCGGGAUGACUGA